GAAAUUGGGAAUAAUAAAGGGAAUAAUAUCAAAUAAUAUUUAUAUUCCCUUCUAGGAAUUAGGAAUGGGAAUAAUCUUGAAUCUUGAUCGUGAACUGUGAUCGUGAAAUAAUUCUUGAAUAACGUAGCUUGAGGGAUCUUUAUGAUGAUAAUGUAGAUACAAGUCUCAUAAUUCACAAUCAAUCAAAAUAUCUGGAACCAAUACAGAAUAAUAACGUGUUAAAAACAAGAGCACACUCACAGCCAGCACAGGUACGGAUUACCGAUACUUGAUAAUUUGAGUGUUUUUUGGUGCUUUUCAAUCAGACUACAGAAAGGACACUAUCUAAAUUAUAUGGUAGAUGUUGGGUAGAUGGUAGCUGGUUAAAAUUAGCAUCCCUUUUGUAGAUAUGGUUCUGAUUUUCUAGGUGUUUUCCUAGAUCAUAGGAGAAUCAUAGGCAUUCUUAUUGGUGAUAUUGGUAAAAAACUGGAUAUUUAUCUUUUAAUCAGCAAAUAAAAAAUGUUGGUCCAGAUUCAGACAUAUACCUAUUUAUUGUUUUUUUUAUUUGUAAAAUAUUCGAUCCAAAGUGAUAUUAAAGGUUUUGAUGAUACAAUCUUAUUUGAUAUAAAUUGGCCAGGUAGUUAUGCAAAUUUAGAUUCAGACGUUAAUGCUGAAACUAUAACAGUCACAUCAUCAAUGCAAGAAAAAUAUAAAUGCAUUUUACCAAAUAUCAUUGAAAAAGAAGAGAAAAAAGAGGAGUCAUAUUCAGGGCCUAGUCCAUUAGAACUUAUUGUUCCAUUAUUUUCACAAGGUACAUGCUCAUACCGUUUAGAAAGUUAUUGGACAUAUGAGGUAUGCCAUGGUAAAUAUAUUCGCCAAUAUCAUGAGGAACGAGAGGGUAAAAAAGUUAAAUUACAAGAAUAUAUAUUAGGAAAAUGGGAUGAAGCUGAUUUAGUAAAUAAUCUAAGAAAAUCCAAACUUAAUCGGGAUGAUUUACUACCAGAUAAAAUUAUUCCAACGAAAAAGAUAGAUAAUGUUAAUUUGCCAUAUUAUGAAGUCUUAAUGGACAAUGGUACUGCGUGCGAUUUAAACUUUAAUAAACCACGUUUGACUAAAGUAAUUUAUGUUUGUUAUAUACAUGGCAAACAUGAGGUCUAUCAUCUAAAAGAAACGUCCACGUGUGUAUAUGAAAUAAUUAUUUUGACACCACUUCUGUGCACCCAUCCUAAAUAUAAACCAAAGGAAACAGGGGAAUUAAAAAUAAAUUGUUUGCCUUUGAAUGGUGCUUUAAACCAACCUUACAAUUUAUUGAAACUGAAAAAGGAUAGUGCAAAAUUAAGACGCAACUCGGAAUUGGAGAGGAUAAAAGUUGAACUAAUACAAUUUAAGCCUGAUGAUGUAGAUUCUUUAAAUAGUAAGACAGCUCCACAAUUUGUUUCUGAGAGAGUUGUGGAUACUACUCCAGUUAGGUUGUUUUUACAAGGAAAGCAUUGUUUAUAUGGAGGCACAGGCUGGUGGAAAUUUGAAUUCUGCUAUGGGAAAUCCAUAGAACAAUUUCAUAUCGAAAAAGAUGGAAGUAAGAUUGCAAUUAAUUUGGGAAAGUUUAAUAAACAGAAACAUUUAGAUUGGAUUGAACGUCACCCACAUAAAAGACCCAAACCAGUUGGAGAAAGGAAACAGCUUACUCAUUUUUAUUCAGAGGGUAGCUUAUGUGAUAAAACUGGCGAACCAAGACAAACAGAAGUCAAAUUGAAAUGUUUAGAAAAAACACACAAUCCUGCUACUGUAUCCUUGUAUUUAUUAGAGCCACGAUAUUGUCAAUAUAUUUUAGGCGUCGAGUCGCCUCUUAUAUGUAACAUAUUAGAUAAAGCUGAUGAAAAUGGACUUGUUGAUAUUCCUCUCGAUUAUGGGGAAGAAACUGAUAUUGACACGUUUACUAUAAAACUUUAAAAUGUAUUAAAUAAAGUCUAGAAAAUAUAG